AACUGCUUGCUAAAUCACCCGCCGUCCCAUCAAUCUGCCCACUCGUGCUCGCUCUGAUCAAAUCCCUGCCUACAAUGUCCUCCAACUCCUCGCAGACGCCUUUCGCUCCAUCGAUCGCGAUGGUGACUCUUGGCACCGCCAAUGUCGAGCGAGCCACCAAGUUCUACACAGACCUCGGCUUUGUCCCCGACAAGACCAUCAGCGGCCCAUUCUGCCAAUUCUUCCAGCUCAACGAUAUCAUUCUAGUGAUCUACCCAGAGGAGGCCCUCAACAAGGUUUUUGCAGAUGCUUGCCACAAAGAGAUCCACAGUCAGGAUCCAUCGCCUGCUGUGGACCAGCCAAAGAGCACUCUGCCCUAUCGCUCUGGCCGGAUGGUUUCGCAUGCAUGCGCGUCCAAGGAAGCUGUCGACGCCGCUUACGGGAGGGCCAUUCACUCCGGGGCCACGGUGAUCAAGAAGCCCGUCGACUGGACGUCCGGUGGUGGCUACGGUGGAUAUUUUGCUGAUCCCGAUGGCCACGUCUGGGAGGUCGUCUACUUGCCCAUGUGGAAGCUGACUGCAGCAGGCGGCAUGGUCAUCAACGCCUGAAUAGCCCCGCUAACGAAUCGCCCGAGACAUGCUUUCGCCGUGGUACUCGACUGUAUGUGCCCCAAAGUUGAAUAAAACCCCCUCCACUCCGUGUGGUCGCCGCCCAGUG